AUGCCUUCCGUCCUACUUCUUGGAGCAACCGGCCUUGUCGGAGCCCAUCUUGCAGCCGACAUCAAAAGGUCCCGCCCCGACUGGCCCUUGACGGCAUUCUACCGUAACCAAAGCGCAGAUGAAUACUUUUCUAGAGUUUACGUCGACCGCAUUGUCCACGGGUCAUUCUCGGACACAGAUCUUGUGAAAUCAUUGAGCAAAGAGCACGACAUAGUCAUCAACGCCGCGUCCUCUUUCGAUGCCGACUUGAUCAACCUGAUCAUAUCCGGCAUGGAGGAGAGACCGUCGACGUCCCCUAAAGGCACAUUGAUCCACCUCAGCGGAACGGGCAACUUCAUCGACUACGGGACGACAGGGAACUUCAACCCCGAGAGUAAAGUCUGGAAUGACGACAACGAAGAAGACAUCAAGCUGAUCAACAAGGACAUGUUCAACGGUGCAACCGACGUUCCUGUCCUCGAAGCAGGCCAACGAGGCAAAAUCGCCACGUACAUCAUUUGUCUUGCCGUGACGUCCGGGCAGAGCGCGUUCGGUCCAACGGCCCAACUGGGUGUAGGAUACAAUAUCUUCGUUGGCUUGGCCAAGGGGCUGGGAUUCGUGCCCUAUGUGGGAGAUGGGACUGGUGUCGUGAGCACUGUCCAUGUCCAGGAUGCGGUGCCUUUCAUCACCAAGAUCGUCGGCGUUGCCGGGACGCAAGAGCCCCAGGGUAGUGCUUACUCGCGAUACUACAUCGUUCACGGAGAAAGACUUGCAUGGAAGGACUUCAGCGGGGCAUUGGCCAAGGUAUUGUAUACCAAAGGGCUUGUCUCGUCGCCGGAGCCGAAGAAGAUUUCGAUGGAUGAAGCUGGGGUCGGUGAAGUCAAGCAUCUGAUUGCUGCCAAUAUGUUGGUUAAAGGUGACCACGCGGCGAGGAUGGGAUUUAAGCCUGUACAGCCAUCGAUGUUGGUCUCGAUGCAGAAGGAUAUUGGGGAGCAUGUCUUCUAG